AUGGCUGGGCGCGGCAAGGGCGGCAAGGGGCUGGGAAAGGGCGGCGCCAAGCGCCACCGGAAGGUCCUCCGCGACAACAUCCAGGGCAUCACCAAGCCAGCGAUCCGGAGGCUGGCGAGGAGGGGCGGCGUGAAGCGCAUAUCCGGCCUCAUCUACAAGGAGACCCGCGGCGUCCUCAAGAUCUUCCUCGAGAAUGUCAUCCGCGACGCCAUCACCUACACCGAGCACGCUCGCCGCAAGACCAUCACCGCCAUGGAUGUCGUCUACGCGCUCAAGCGCCAGGGCCGCACCCUCUACGGCUUCGGAGGCUGGAUUCGUGUAGCGGAGCAACUUCCUCGUUUGCUCUGUGUGAUAUGUGCUAUGGUGGAUGGAUUUACUGAUUUGUUGUUCGUCGUUGUGUUCUGUCUUUGGAUCGCGUCGCUGUACUGA